AUGGAACACGAAAAGACUGCUACUCCAGUAAUCAGCCCGGCUGAUGCUGUUGACCCAACUCCCAUCGCCAAUGCCACUUUGACGACCACACUACCCGAAAGUAACGCAAACACGACUACAAUGCCUUCACCAACAAACAACCACAUGUCAACAUUGACUACCGAUGAAAAUCCUCCACAAUAUGAAGGACGCGACCGAGAAGUUGUCCCAGCACCAGCACAAGCGAUCAAUCCUGGUCCUCCGAUCGAAAAAACCGGAUGGGAAGCCGCCACACAGGCACCAAUUGGUCCACCUGGACAGGGCCUGGUCGCUGGUAGAGCUGUCGAGUUAAACCAGCUCGAUGAAGAGCCUCGAUGGAUCAAUUGUCCCUUCUGUCACCAGGAGACAAUGACCAGAGUUAACAAGGAGAGCACCGGGACCACAGGAAUGGCUGCUGUGGCCUGCUGUCUAUUUGGCGGUAUUUGCUGUGCCUUUAUCCCAUACUGUAUGGAAAUGUGCCAUGACAGCCAUCACUUUUGCACAAACUGUGGACAGAAGGUCGCCAUUCGACCACACGACGGCGCUGUGCAGGUAUUCUUGCCCGAGGCUCCUGUGGUCACUGCGCCCGGGUACGUACAGCCACCACAGGCCGUUGCAGUGAGUCAUGGCCCUAAUGAAAAGAGCUAA